AUGGAACUUCUAAUUGCGGCUCUCUCAAAAAAUCCAUAUUCCAUCUUCUUUAAAAGGCUUCAGACUUGGAAUGACCUCCGAGAUGCGCACAUUGUUAUUAGAUCAAAUAGCAAAUUGGAUCAGAGAACUUAUAAUUUACCAACAGCCGAUGAAGUGGCUGCUGUGUGGAACGAUUCAGAUGGUGCUUCCAUUGAACGUGAACGAGAUAUUCGUGUAUACACUGAUGGCGGCCACAACCAUAAGGUGAAAUAUCAUUACGUUCUUCAGAUAAACAAGAACUCUCGUAGGAACAUAUCAUGUAGAGAGUUUCCGUGUUACAGAGCUCAAAUGCGUGAACACGUUCCCUCUUAUUUAUUGCAUUCAGGAAGAUUGGGUCAUCAGUACGCAAUUGAUUCAUACGUUAAGUUGGAGACAUCUCGCUUGGAUUAUUAUAGAUGUGACCAACUUCAACAAGAAUUUUGGAUCGAAUCAUUUCAAGAAAUUACUGAUUCUUUAUGUAUCGAUGGAGAAAAUGAUCCCGCAAACGUCGGAAAAAAGGUUUUGCUGCCUUCUUCAUUUAUAGGUGGACCAAGGGACAUGAAAAAACGAUAUGUUAACGCUAUGGCUCUCGUGCAAAGAUAUGGAAAACCAGAUAUAUUCUCGACCAUGACUUGCAAUCCGGCUUGGAAAGAAAUCAAAGAUAAAUUGCUUCCAAAUGAAAAACCGCAUGAUAGGCCAGAUUUAAUUGCAAGGGUUUUCAAAGCAAAGCUUGAAGAGCUCAAAGAUGAAAUUGUCAGAAAAAACUUUUUGGUGAAGUUGCAGCGUAUGUAUAUGCAAUCGAGUCUCAAAAACGGGGUUUGCCUCACGCCCAUUGGUUCUUAUCCAUGCUAUAAAAGAAGAGAUGAUGGCAAGACAGUAGUCGUGCGCAAAGUUCGUCUGGAUAACAGACACAUCGUUCCUUAUUGUCCGUAUCUGCUUGCAAAGUUUGAUUGUCACAUUAAUGUCGAGAUAUGUUCAGAUAUCAAGUUAGUUAAAUACUUGUACAAAUACAACUACAAAGGACAUGAUAAGAUGGCCUAUCACGUGGUUGGCAAUAAAUCUCACGGUUCAUACGAUGAGAUUCAGGCUUUCCAAGACGGACGGUAUAUAUGUGCGCCUGAAGCUUAUUGGAGAAUCUAUGCAUUUUCAAUGAGUGAGAUACACCCUGCCGUUAUAAUUUUGCCAGUGCAUUUGCCAAAUCACCAACCUUUGCGCUUCGGCCUCCAUCAGCCCUUGGAGAAACUUCUGCAAAAUCCUAUAUCGUCAAAGACUAUGUUAACCGAAUUCUUUUGGAUGAAUUCCAAUGAUUUAAACGCAAAGCAUCUGAAGCUUCUUUAUAAGGAAUUCCCAGAAUAUUUUGUCUGGGAUUCUAAAUCUAGAAAAUGGAAGCUACGACAGAAACAAGUCGUUGUUGGUAGGUUAUCCACAGUGAGUCCAUUUGAAGGUGAACGAUAUUAUGAACGGUUAUUGUUAAUGCAUGUAAGGUGUACGCAAUCUUUCAAAGAUUUGAAGCCUAUUGGAAAUGACUUAGUUGGAUCUUUUCGCGAGGCUGCUGUGUUUAGAGGGUUAUUGGAAUCCGAUGAUUAUAUAGAUAAUUGUUUGGCUGAAGCAAUUCAUUAUCAAAUGCCAUGUAGUUUGCGAAGACUGUUUGCGAUGCUACUUGUCUACGGAGUCGUUCCCAAUCCGCAAGUUCUUUGGGAUAAAUAUUAUUCUGCAUUCUGUGAGGAUUUCUCUCGAUUUGAUGGAAUGCCUGAAGCUGAAAUAAUGAGGAAAACAAUUAGAGCUAUAGACAAUUUUCUACUCUUUAUGGACAAAUCCAUAUCGGAUUUUUCUUUGCGGUUUCCAAUUUCUUAUUCUUCUGUUCGUGAUAAAAUGAGUCGGGAGUAUGAGCAUGAGCAAAAUAUGGAAAUAUCAAAAGAAGAUUUGCUUUCAAGUCAUACAUUAAAUGACGAUCAACGGAUAGCUUUCGAUAUGAUUGUAUCUAAAAUUAACUCCAAUGAAGGUGGUGUUUUCUUUGUAGACGGGCCUGGAGGAACCGGAAAAACCUUUCUGUACCGUGCAUUAUUGGCAUAUGUGCGUUCUAAAGGAAAUAUUGCUUUAGCUGUGGCUACUUCAGGAGUAGCAGCUUCUUUGUUACCAGGUGGGCGAAUAGCUCAUUCCAGAUUUAAGCUUCCAUUUGAUCUUCAAGACAAAUCAAUUGGUAACAUCAGCAAACAAUGCAACCUUGCUAAAAUGAUAAUAAAUGCAAAACUUGUGGUGUGGGAUGAGGCCUCAAUGGCAAAUCAUCAUUCUACUGAAGCUCUUGAUGAAUUACUUCGGAACUUGAUGUCUGAUGACUCGCCUUUUGGGGGGAAAGUGAUUCUAUUUGGUCGCGACUUUAGGCAAACUUUAUCUAUAGUGCCUGGAGGAUCAAGGGAAUCAAUGAUUGCGGCUAGCAUUGUCAGUUCAGUGAUCUGGCCAAAUGUUACGAAGAUUGGACUACAAAAAAACAUGCGUGCUAAAGAAGAUCCUUGUUUUGGGUCAUUUUUAAUGCGAAUUGGCGAUGGUGAUGAGCCUUUCGUAUUUGAAAACAACAUUAUCAUCCCCCAAAAUAUGCUUAUCCCUUUUGUCGAUACAAAGACUUCUCUUAAUAUGUUGAUAAGAAGUGUCUUUCCUUGUUUCAAUUUGUUCCACACAGAUCCUUAUAAAUUAAUUAAUAGGGCAAUUUUGACAUCUAAAAACGAAUGUGUUGAAGAAAUAAAUGAUCUAUUAAUAGAUAGUUUCCCUGGAACUUUAAGGAAGUAUGUUAGUUAUAAUAAGACAAUAGAUUCAAACCAACAAGGAGAAUACGAAGACUAUUUGAAUAGUAUUUCCGUAAGUGGCCUUCCUCCUCACAUUUUGAGGUUAAAGAAGAAUUGUCCGAUUAUGUUAUUGAGGAAUUUAGAUCCUAUUGAAGGCCUUUGUAAUGAAACACGAUUAAUAUGUCGAGAAUUAGGGCAGAAUUUUAUCGGAGCAGAAAUAGCAGUAGGAGAUUUUAAAGGAAAUCACGUAUUCGUACCAAGGAUUCCUUUAGAGUCUUCUGAUAAACAAAAGUGUCCGAUUCCUUUUAAAAGGAUGCAAUUUCCCGUUAGACCAUAUUUUGUUAUGACUAUAAAUAAAGCUCAAGGUCAGACACUUGAAUUUGUUGGAGUUUACCUACGAGAGCCAGUCUUCUCACAUGGGCAACUUUACGUUGCACUGUCAAGAGCUAGAUCAGCUGAUGCAGUUAAAAUCUUGAUUCAACCAUCAUGUGAAAAAGCACUUGUACCUGUACAAUAUACGAAAUGGAAAUUUAAGACUUUAUUUAUGUGA